CAACGAAUACACGGCGAUUGAGCGUACAGCGAUGUUACUUCGUUGGCUCGUUGCUGACCGGUUCGCGCUGUGUUGCACGUUGGUGGAUCGGCUCGCUUGCCUGCUAUAGUCGACUGGUUGGUUGAUUGUUGGCGUUGGCUCCCAAAACGAAGGCAGCGAGCGAUGUGAAUUCGGUCAUUUAGUAGAAUCGCGAGCUCAAUACGGUGCACACGCUUUGAACGGAUGAAUGGCGGAGUACACGUGCAUAUUUUGACGACUAAAAACAGUGAAUGUGAAUCAGUGACGAGGCUUUUGUUUUGGUGAAUUGGUUUAUGUGCCAUGCAAGCUAACCGUAAAUCGCACGUAUUAAUUCACAAUUGAAGUGAGAAACAAAAUCAAACCGAAAAUGCCAAGCUGCUCUAACGGUGAAAGUGUAUUGUGUUUCUAUUAUUGGCAAAACAUAUCAAAAGCACCGACGACUGCUCUGCUUCACGGGAUGCGGCGUUCGUAAUAUGCAGUGUUUGCGGUUAACUUUACAUAUAACGGCUUUCGCAAAAGCCAUGCUUGUGUUGGUGUUUGAAUGAAUGCUUGCAUAUCAGUUACCCGAUAUUCUGGGAAUAUAACACAUGAAAUCAAAAAACAACAAAUGCAAAAACAUCAAGUGUCCACGAUAUUGAUUCGGCAAAUAAUUUAACAGGUGCGAAAACACGCUUCGACAAAUUACGGAAAAAAAUAUGAAAUAAUCGACGAGCACGCGAACGCCGCAUGCGGCGCCAACAACAGCGACAGCGACAAUAACGCACAGAAAAACUUUUCCAACGAAAAAAUAUAAUGAUUAAAUUAAAAAUGAAUGCGGCGGUUAACAAUAUCGCUGGCUGCAAAAACUCCGUUAAUAGUAAAUACAAAAAGUGUAAAAACAAUAAUAGAAAUAGCUCGGAGAGCAUCAACAGCGCCGAUGGCGAUAUUGGGCCGUUGCACGCCGAACUACAACGACUGCAGAACAGCGAACAACAAACAAGCGUAAGUCAAUGGCAGCAGAGAGCACCGUUACAGCAACGAACACACAGCGUGCAACACACUGAUAAGAGCGACCGCGCGCCUAGCCACGUGCAACCCCAACAACACUGCCACCACCACCAUCACCAGCAAUGCCAUCAGCAGCAGUUCCAGCAUCAGCUUUUACAUGACCACCAGCAAAACGGCGCGGCAACAAAGCGCUGUGUCGAGCAAGCGCAACAACAAAGCGAACAACAUAAGCAGCCAUUUCCGACAAAUGCGUCCGAUAAACGGCAGCAACAUUUUAAUCAACAACAUCCACAACAUGAAGGCCAACGCCAGCAGCAGUGCCACACACAACAGCUGCAACAGCAACAAAACCAGCGACGAUUGCGGCUGUGGCCAUCACUAUGCCUCGCCACCAGCAGAAGCAACAAUAUCAAUUGUAGUAGCAACCACACCACCAGCACAAGUAAAUUCAAUUCAACAGAAGCAUCACUUCACACACCCAGCACAGCGGCAUUGACCACAACCACGUUAUUCGCUUCGACGUCAACAUCGUGUGCUUCAUCGUCAACGCGUGGUUGGGCAUCGUCAGCGACGGCGAAAGUUUCGGUGGCGGGGACGGCGGCGCAGGGCAGCCAACGCGCCGCAUAUAUAUUUAAAGCCGUCAGAUCGGCCUCACAGGCUGUGACAGCAUAUUAUCUGUGGUGGCUGUUUGGUGUGUGUUUAGUCCUCUUCACAAACGGUGGACGUGACUGGCGGUCUGCGGAAUUGACGCGUACAACAUUUAUGGUGGCGGCCACAUAUUUAGAACCGGACGAACUGAUACACGAACUCGAUAGACCAGUGCCCUUGACGCCGGUGCAAGGCGUGCUGGGUCGACAAGCGAUGCUGCCUUGUGAUAUUUCUCCAAUGGAGCGGGACGAUGCAGUUUACAUGGUGCUGUGGUUUCGGGAGGGUGACGGCGAGCCAAUCUAUAACUUCGACGUGCGCGGCCGUCAAUUUGGACAGGCGCGGCUGUGGUCUUCCGAAUUGGCAUUCGGGCCACGCGCCUACUUCAGCAGCACGUCGCACCCGGCACAGCUGAAAAUCGAUAACGUACGCAUCGAGGACGAAGGCGUGUACCGGUGUCGUGUGGAUUUUCGCAAUUCGCCGACACGAAAUCUGAAAAUCAAUCUCACCGUCAUUGUGCCACCGGAUCGUCCAGUCAUUUAUGGCCCUAACAGACAUGAUAAGGCCAGCAAUGUGGAGUCGUUUAACGAAGGAACGGAUAUAGUGCUGGCUUGUGAAGUGACAGGCGGACGUCCACGUCCAAAUGUAACAUGGUAUUUAGAUAAUACGGUGAUUGAUGAAUCUUUCGAGCAUCGCCCGGACGGCAAGACUGUUAACCACUUGUCAUAUCCAAAUAUUGGACGACAACAUUUGAAUGCGAGAUUAGUUUGUGUGGCGAGCAAUACGAAUUUGACGCCGCCGAACAACAAAGUGGUCAUACUGGAUGUCAAUUUGAAACCUGUGGCUGUGCACAUAAUGACUAAGGAUCGUUUCGUGUCUGCUGAUCGCACAUACGACAUUGAGUGCAAGUCUUCCGGUUCAAAGCCAGCUGCGGUCAUUACAUGGUGGCGCAACAACAAACAGCUGAAAAAAUUCACGAAAAAUUUUAAUGAACCCGACAAUCAAUCUCUAAGCAUAUUGACAUUCACGCCCACUCGCGAGGACGAUGGCAAGUAUUUGACGUGUCGUGCCGAAAAUCAAUUCAUCGAAAACAGCUCCAUCGAGGACAAGUGGCGGAUGGUCGUGCACUAUCAACCAACGGCUCAUCUCAAAAUGGGAUCCUCACUAAAUCCAGACGAUAUAAAAGAGGGCGAUGACGUCUAUUUUGAAUGUGUUAUACAAUCUAAUCCCAAACCCUACAAAAUGUCAUGGUUUCAUAACGGCAAGGAACUGCAUCACAACAUCUCAGCUGGCAUUAUCCUUUCGGAUCAAUCACUCGUGCUGCAGAGUGUCUCACGUGCAUCCGCUGGUGAUUACACGUGUUUGGCUGUGAACUCGGAGGGAAGGGGCGCCAGUAAUCCGGUUUCGUUGCAUAUACGCUUUGCACCCAUUUGUGCCACCGAUCAUGAAGAGCUGCUGGGCGCCCUAAAGCACGAAACUCUGCUGCUAAAAUGUGAAGUGGACUCAUCACCGCCAGCGGAGGCAUUUACAUGGACAUUUAACUCGUCCGGCGAACAAACAGAAUUGCCCGCCCGACUGCACUCAACGGAGACUGGCAUGUCGCGACUAAACUACACUCCAGCAACGGACCUCGAUUAUGGCACAAUAUCUUGCUGGGGACGAAACUCUAUUGGCCAGCAAAAGAACCCCUGCAUUUUUCAAAUCGUCGCUGCAGGCCGUCCAUUUCCAUUGCAAAAUUGCACUGUCACGAAUCAAUCCACCGAUUCACUGCAAGUUGAUUGUCUGGAGGGUUUCGACGGUGGACUACCUCAAGGCUUCAUUUUAGAAUUAGUGGAGUUGAAUAAUUUGCGUUUAGCACGGAAUUUAAGUUUGUCGCAUCCGCCAGUGAGUUUUCUCAUCGAAAAUCUCGAUCCGACAGCAACAUAUCGAAUGAUCAUAUUCGCCAUGAAUGCCAAGGGACGUUCGGAGCCAACCAUAAUUGACGACAUAAACUUCAAAGGCGUGGCCAAAUUUACAGGUGCAUCGAAUGGCUUAACGGUACCUCUUUCACCAUUUCUGGCGGGCCUAACACUCUUCUGUGCGCUGCUCUUCGCCAUAUCCUGCAUAGCGCUGGCGGCAAUUUACAGACGGUUCUCGAACAGGCAAAAUGAUGGUAAUUUAAAACCAACGAAGCACACGCAACUUUCAAUACCGCCCGAUUGUCAGCUAGAUCCCUUACAACCGAACAACCACCAUCACCAACAUUUGCAGCAUAAUCACGAGCAAAGCAAUCACCAGGCCCAUCACAGUCUACUACAGCCGAAUGUCAGCGAAGGUGCCAAUGGCGGUGGUGGCAACUCACCCUCUGUCGGCGGUGUCAUGGGUGGUGGUGGCGGUGGCGUCAUGGGUGGCUUGAUUGGCAUCGAUUCGUCCACGUUGCGGUCAACGGCAACCAGCCAUCAUCGGCAAAGUCCACUGGUGAUGGGCGAUGCGUUGGAAGGUGAUGACACGGAUCCAGAUGUUAUACCCAAUCAAUAUGAAAAACGUCCACUGAAGUCGCAGGUGGCCUCGCCCAUAUUCCGCAGCCCCUCAGCGCGCCUACUGCAACGCGACUACAGCAGUCUUGCGGACACGGAGCGCGCUGGCACAUUGAGUAGCGGGAGCGUGAUUGGCGGCAUCACGAACAGCUCAACACUGAGCAGCGCCGACGGCAUCUCCAGUCUGGGCUCAUUGGUCGGAAACAGCAGUGUUGGAAGUGUUGGCGGCAUUGGCGUUGGCAACGAAGUGUUGCACUACACAUUUAGGCCAAGCAAACAAUUGAGUUAUGCAACGUUGAAUAAGAAGGGUAUAACCACGUGUAGUCCACCGCUGAACAUCUCGCUUUAUAACACAACAACUACAGCAACAUCAUCACUAUCCUCAACAUAUCACUCGACACCACAGCCGCAGCCAAUGGAAGUGAGUUUACUCAGUCCAAAUAAUCCGUCGGUGACUUCGUCGCUCAGCGAAUAUCGAUUUCGGCCGGAAGUGGUAACCACAUCGAAUCGCAUCCAGGAAAGUUGUAUAUAAAUAGAUAAAAGCGAAAAAUAACACACAUAUGACUAUAAAUAAAAUAUGUUGUGUAUGUGUAUAUGUUGUGUAUAUACUAUAAGUAUUAUAUAUAUGUAUGUAUGAGUAAUGAUGGAUGGACUAAAAUAGACUGACGUAAAUUAAUAAUUUGUUCUUCGACGUCCAUUUUUAAAUGUGGUUUAAACAUCCGCGUCUGUGCGAGCGCAGCUUUGGUUAUUUUAUUUUCUUUAUUCGCAACAAAUGCUGGCACACACAUACUAUACAUAUGUACAUGUAUGUGUAUGUACAAAACACGGGUAAAAUCAAUUUAUAACCUGUAUUAUUUACCGAAGGUUGUUUACUCGUGUUUGUACUGCGGCUGUUGUUGCGGCAAAUGAGCAAUCUACCAAGUGACAAAAUAAAUACCGCUAUUUUGCAAUAAAUAUUUGCCUGAUUUAACGGAACAGUUAACAGUUUUUACAGCCAAGCACGUUGAAAGCGCGCGCAAUUUUCCCAUUGAACCACUGCGAAGUCCAACAAAAAGCAGAAAAUCGGUUUAACCCAUUUUCCACAUUCGAAUAAUAAAGCUUAUUUUAAAGCUCUCGUCUUUAAAAGGUGUUGCUCACUUAUGCUUAAUAUGUAUGAUUCACUUUAUUGUCCAUUAGACAAACAAUUUAAGCUUUGGUUAAAAUAAAUACAUUAUUUUUGCACUAAAUUGAGGAUUUUAUUUAGCAAAGUUGGAUUUGUCUGACUUACUUGAUAUAUGAAUACAUAAUUCGAAAACUUGUUAGUAUUUUGAAGCUGAUUUCACAAUACAACACUCAUAGAAACCCUCGUCCUUUCUGGCAAAAAACUGUGACCGUCGGUUUUCAUAAGCUUUACUUAAUCAGUUGUCUUAUGCAGUUAUUUAUUAUACGCGGUCUAAACUUUAAGGAGAAUGCGUAGAUCCAGUUCCCGCAACUUCUGGCGUGUUAGUAUCGAUGUGUGUAGCAUAACAGAAACGCAAUUCCUAUUGGCCUGAGAUGUCCACUUUUGAUUGCUUUCUUCAGAAGUUCCAAUUUUUGAUAGUAAGUAGUACAGGUCCGACUUAAAACUUUUGUCGUAAGAAAGGAGCUCAUUGUAGAUGAUUCCGUAUCGAAGCAAACCUUCCUGAUAGCCAACCCUGGCUUUUACAGCAUGUGCUCCGACUCACCGCGAUUUGGCCACUAUCGUUUCACUUCAUGUUCUCAUAAAUGUCCUAUUUUUCAUCACAAGUAACCAUAAGCUUCAGAAGUGAAUUGAGUUCUUUGCGAUUCAAAUCGAACAUCGGUCCAUGAGGGUGUUUUUGCUCAACUUGUGUUAAACCUAUGCAUCACCUUACUUCAUAUCUUAUAUAAAUGGUACCUUGCGGUUUCAUUAUCAUUCACUGACAAGUAUAUAAUGGAGUUAAAGUAAUAUUACAAAACAGCGGAAUCCAACUGCGAUCAUAACUUCGUAUGAAACAACAAAUGUCGAAAGCUCAUCAAGUAUAAUCAAAAGUAAACGCUUCUAAAAUUUUCAUUUCGGAAUUUAGUAAAGAGAAACUCCUCCCGGGCAAAUAUAUAUGUAUUUUUCUGAAUGCUCAAUGAAAGGUGUUUAGUGCUUUUCGUUAAUCAAUCGCCAUUAAAGCAAAAUAAAUAAGCCAUGCAUAAUUUAUUAAUAUGCAAAUAGCCAGUAUUGCCGAACUCAGCUCGAAAAGCUCUGCAUUGCAAACAGAAUUAGUUCAUAAUAUGUCGACUAACAACUUUGUACGUGUGUCUGUGCAUAUGUAAGCCCGAUAUUCAAUUAAGCUAAUACAAACUGCCAAUUUGUGUUUAACCAACAACAAUAACAAAUAAUACGAGAAAGCGUUUAGUGAAAGCUUUUAAAUACAAAUUGCAAAUAGCAAAAAAAUAAUAAUAAUGAAGCUGUAUUUGCUUAUAUAUUUUCACGUACAAUGUAUAUAUGAAUACUGUACAUGUGUGUGUGUGCGUUCAAUUAUCCUGGCAGCGCUGCUUUGCUUAGUUACCGGUAUGCUCGCUCAUUGCCGUUUAUAAACAUACGUGUAUAAGUAUAUGUGUGUCAACCUGUUUAUGUAUGUGUAUGUAAAUAUAAUUAAUUAAUUAUUGUUUUUAACCAAAUUUUAAUUAUAAUGAAGCGAAAAUCGCACUGUCAUUUUGCAUUUUGCGCAGCCAAGCAUUUCAAUUAAAUAAUAAUUAUACGAAAUACCAUAAAUAUAGAUGUAUAAAAAGUCAAGUUAGAAUAAGUAACUUUGGAAGAUUCCAUAUAGUCUAAUAGCAGAAUGAAAGUGAGAAGAGUAUGAAGAACAUUUUUCAAUUAUUUCCAUAGGAAAUUUGUACAUAUCAACCAUUUGUUUUAAUAACUGUACUUUAAUUUUAACUGCCACACAUAUAUGCAGCUGCAUACACUUUCAUAUCACAUUUACACACAAAAACAAAUACUAAUAUAUAAUGGAAACCUUAAGGCAAUUUCCUUCGACCUCCCCAAGUCAUUUAUCAAGGCUCUUAACAUAUCAUAUUUACAUAUUUAAAUAGUAACACUUGUUCAAACUGCUCUUUGUGCCGUUAGAGUAGGAAUUUUGCAGGCAUACAAUUGUUUUCUAAGCUAAAAUUGCGGUUCUUUUAAGUUUUUUUUUUUUUAAUUAAUGACAGAAGUGCAUUUUUAUGGAAUAGAAGCACUUCAAAUAAAAAUAAUAUCAGAUUUUUGCAGAAAUAUCAAAUAAAAUGUAGGUUCGAACCCAAGUCCUUGAAGGUGUGCUUCUAAACUCAACAUAUCAUUACCUACUAUCAUAACAACACGCAAGCUUAGUAUGUACUGUAAAUUACAUAGCCAGCAUAGCAACUUCGGUAUUUUGUACCUCUAUUUUAAUUCUUCUAUUUACGUCAGGAUAAAGGUCCGCUAUUUAAUAAAAUCUUAUCAGGGCUCCACACAAAGUGACUUCCGCACACAGAUUUUGAUAUAAUAUGGCUGUGAUUCGCCAAACGGUACUCUCAGGCGAAUCGAACAAACUAUACCAGAUGCCCAUACAAACGGGCAGCACUUGUGCAACCCUAGCGCUAACUUGCGUUAUGAAUAUUUUUUAGAGCAAAAGCUCUUCUCUUUGCGUUAAAAUUUUUUGUUGUAACCCUUUUUUUGUUUUCCAUAAAUUACUAUAAUUGUUUUGAAGUUUAAAGUUUUAAAAAUACAAGAAAAACAGAAAUUUAAAUUUUCAUUCAUCACUUAAACCAUUCACAAUAAUAAAACGAGUCUAAACAAGAAAAAAGGUUAACUUCGGCUACGCAGAAUCUAAUAUACCCUUCACAGGUGCAUCUCUUUUAGUAACUAUGUGACUAGUUUGUAUAGCAGCUAUAUGCUAUAGUAAUCCGAUCUGAACAAUUUUUUCAGAGAUUACAUUAUUUCUAUAAACAAUAACUCAUACCAAAUUUCGUGAAUAUAUCUUGUCAAAUAUGAAAGUUUUCUAUAAAAGAACUUGAUUCCGAUCGUUCAGUUUGUACGUCAGCUAUAUGCUAUAGUGGUCCGACAUCGGCAGUUCCGACAAAUAAGCAGCUUUUUGAAGAAAAAAUGACGUUUACAAAAUUUCAAAACGAUGUCUUAAAAACUGCGAGACUAGUUCGUAUAUAUACAGACAGACGGACGGACAGGCAGACAGACAUGGCUAAAUCGACUCAGCUCGACAUACUGAUCAUUUAUAUAUAUACUUUAUAAUAUCUCCGACGCUUCCUUCUGGUUGUUACAAACUGCGUGACAAACUUAAUAUACCCUGUUCAGGGUUUACAUAAGUAUGAAAAGCAAAUCUUGGUAGUACUAAAGAUAACGGCUAUAUUGCUAUACCUUUUAAAGAGCAAAAGCGAUCUAAAAUAUGGUGAAUCGAAGACAGCUUAUAUUAAAGAACCCUUCUUCUUAUUGCAAUAAGUUCCUUUGAACUAAGUAGAGUUUUACUAGAGAAGAACUAGAAGAUAAAAAAUCUGAUAAGUCUCGGAAUCCUAUUUGAGCGGAUAGUCAGAUUCUUCCUUUUUUCUUUCCUUUAAAUUCCUGUUAUUGCCUUAUUUUAAUGCAAACCAUUUCUGGCAAGCACAAAAACUCAACUAAAAAGCUUAUAAUACUUUAAAAUAGAGGUAUAGUUCUACCUUGGUGUGUUGCCUGGCGUCACCACUAUUUUAAUAUUCACCUUUGUUUAAACAUGCUGGAUUUUUGAGACGUUUUUCCAUACCUCAAAUAUUCUACUUACGAUAAAGUAACUCUCGAAAUUUAUUAAAAAAAGAAAUAUCUGAAUUUUAGUCAUUAAUUACUCGGAAGUUUUGCAGCCAUUAAAUUUCUAAUAGAAUUUUAUGACAAAAACAAAUUUAGCCUCAAAAUUUUAAUUAGGUCAAGAAUUUAUAUUUUUCUCAAACCCAUCACAUAUCUAAGCAUAUCCAUAAGUACGUAUAAUAAUGUAUGUAUAAAUAGGUCGAGUGUGCUUCCACUAUUAUUCUUCGCCUAAUGAAAAUGCAUUCUUAUAAAUUGCUUUAGUAAAUGCAAUUAAUGAUUUCAUGCUAAAGUAUGUAGAUAAGCACUUGUUAAACUUGCCACAAUUUUUUUGUUUUAGUUUUCCCUGCACAAUAAUGAAUUCAUGAAAUAACUUGAGUUUUAUGAAAAAACAACAUGCCUUCCAUUGAGAAUAUUGAAUUAGAAAAUAAAGUAAGGAAAAGCGCUUUAACAAAACAAAACGCCCAAUUUUCAGCAAAGCUUUGUCAUUGCCUUCAUUUAAACUGUUAUUUUAUUGAAUUCUUGCUUUUUUAGGGAAAUCAUUGCAUUAUUGCCUUUGAUAUUUUGUCGAUGUUGUAAUAUAAUAUAUCGUAUAUAUAUAUAUAUGCCUCGAGCUUUUGUGAAUAAAAAUAUGUAUUGUUUAUAAUAGAAUGUUUAGAUAUGCACAUGAAAAUUAAAUUUUUCCGCCCAGAGAGAUUUUGAUUUCCUAAAACAUAUGCAAAUACUAGUUUUAUGAUUUUAAUUUUGCGUGAAAUUUUGUAAUAUUUUUGUUAAAUAUAUUUUUGCCAACAGGAACCUUAUUCCUAUACCCAGUUUAGGAAAUUUCAGGAGUCACAUCUGUAGUUACAAAAAACUGCAACCAAAUCACACAAACACUCACACAUAUUUAGCCACAAACAUAUCUAGCGGCUUUCGCUUUUUACCAAUUUUUAAGAGCGCGAUAACGGUUGUUAGGCAUACAUAUGUAGAUGUAUGGCGAAAAUGCGAGGGCUAGCUGUUAUUGGUUUAAAUAAUCCUGAAUUUAUGUAUUUAAAUAUUUUACUGUUUUUCGUGUAAAUAGAAGAAUAUGUGUAGAUAUGUACAUAGCGAAGUGAAUGGAUAUUUGUGCAUUUGCAUAUGUGCGUGCGUGCGUGUGUAGCUGUACUAGAUACAUAUACAAAUAUUUAUAAAUACCGAAAGUAUUAAUUUCGUUGGUGAAACGAAUAGGCAAUAAAAUCAAUUUCUAAAUGUUGUUGCAACAGUGGCAUUGCGCAUCCAAACAAACGGAUUGCUGUAAAUGGCAAGCGCUUGCAAACGCCCGUCCUUCGCGGUGGCAGCGAAAUUUACGCCGUUUGUACAAAAGCUAAUUUAUUUACUAUUUAUUUUGUGGUUCAAAGCGCAACCACUAAGUGAUAUAUAUUGCGCGCUGCAACGGUAAAAACGCAAAUCUGAAUUUUUUACUUUGUUAACAUAUAUUGUAUAAUGCAAGCUUAAAAAGUUUGACAAAUAACUGUAAACACUGUGUACAUAUGUGCGGAUGCGUUGAAAGCAUUUCACAUUUAAUUAAUUAGAAUCGAAAAUGAGGCAACUUGGCUAACGGAAGAGUUACAUAGUAAACGCGGUUUGUACAAACUGUUUGUAAGAUAGCACGAACGAAGCGCUUACAGUGCUCAUGUAUUAUGUAAAUAAAUAUAUGUCAGUGUGUGUGUUAACUGUACAUAAGGAUGAUCAACUUCACAGUUAUGGAACUUAAAGCAUUCGUAAAUGCAUACUACUUGAGCAUACAGUACUCUUAGUACAUAUACAUAUAUAUCAAUGUGAGCUAUUGUAUUUAUAUUGUACUUAUGUAUGUGUCUGUAUACGUGAGACUAACUUUGCAAAUGCUUUAGUUGCAAUUAUAAACAACUCCUAAGCUAAAUGAGCCAAGUACAUGUAUAAAGUGAGAAUUAUAUGUUAUAUAAAUAGGAUUAUAUACUAGACUAAGCAUAUAUAUACAUACAUAUUAUAGAUAAAUGCAGUUAUAUAUAAUUUUGUACAAAUUAAUGGGAGUAAAUGAAAUAUUAAUUGUUAUUUAUAACUCAGAUCAUCUAAUAGGACAAGUAGGAAACGUACCACUGUAUUUAUUAUUUGCAUUGUAAUUAGAAGUAUACAGUUAGGCGUAAAUAUUUAAAUGAGAAGUAACACAAUUAUAGCAAAAAUAAUGAGUUAGCAGGUAUAAAAUUAAUGUUAUAAGGAGAAAAGAAUAAAUAAAUAAGAAAUAUAUACGAACAUAAA